UGCCGCUGGCUCCAGGUGGGAGUGUCGAAAGAACCCACCUCGAAGAGCCAAAGUCCCGCCUCACAAGUGACUCUGCCCCGGUUGGGACUUGAGAGUAUAAAAUGAAGGAACGUGGCUGUAAACAGGAGGCAUGACUGACUUGGAGUUCGCUUUCAAACUCAUCAAAACCGUGUAAAAUUGGUCAAAUGCGCUCAUCGCUGCACGCACAGUGAGGUGACCGGUUUGCUCUGAUUCCAAACACCGAGCUUUCAUCCGGGCUGCACGGAGCGAGUUCACCAUGGCUGGGGACGGCACCGACCAGCGGGCCCUACAGUAUGAACAAACUCUGAUGUAUGGGCGCUACACCCAGGAGCUGGGGGUGUACGCCAAGGAAGAGGCAGCUCGACUGAGGGAGAGUGGGCAGAGGCGAUCGGUCAGUGAGCGAAGCCGAGCCUUCGACCUACUGGAAUAUGACAAAGGACGCUGCGCCAAGUGCCGCAGGUCAGGGUAUCCAUAUGUUCUAGAAGCGCCAGCCCAGGACUUUAUCUCUGUUUGCACUGUUCGCUGCCAGAAGUUUUUGAUCUCGCGGGUCGGGGAGGACUGGAUCUUUCUUAUCCUGCUAGGACUCCUCAUGGCGCUGGUCAGCUGGGUGGUGGACUUCUGCAUUGCCAUCUGCCUUCAGGCACAGAAGUGGAUGUAUGGUGGCCUGGACAGCAAUGUUUUCCUGCAAUAUCUGGCCUGGGUCACAUACCCUGUCGUCCUCAUCACCUUCUCAGCUGGCUUCACUCAGAUACUCGCUCCGCAGGCUGUUGGUUCAGGUAUUCCAGAAAUGAAGACCAUCUUGCGAGGAGUGGUGCUGAAGGAGUACCUCACUUUCAAAACGUUUGUGGCAAAAGUCAUUGGCCUAACCUGUGCUCUGGGCAGUGGAAUGCCGCUGGGCAAGGAGGGUCCAUUUGUCCACAUUGCCAGUUUGUGUGCAGCGCUCCUCAGCAAAUUCAUGUCUCUUUUCGGAGGAAUUUAUGAGAACGAGUCGAGGAACAUCGAGAUGCUUGCAGCAGCCUGUGCAGUGGGAGUUGGUUGUUGUUUUGCAGCGCCAAUAGGAGGUGUGUUGUUCAGUAUUGAAGUAACAUCCACAUUCUUUGCUGUGCGGAACUAUUGGAGAGGUUUCUUUGCUGCUACCUUCAGUGCCUUCAUCUUCAGAGUGCUCGCUGUUUGGAACAGAGACGAAGAGACCAUUACAGCCCUUUUUAAAACUCGCUUUCGGCUCGACUUCCCAUUUGACCUCCAGGAGCUUCCUGCUUUUGCUGUCAUUGGCAUUGCCAGUGGUUUUGGUGGAGCUUUGUUUGUGUACCUGAACCGUCUGAUUGUCCAGUUCAUCCGGAAUCAAAAGGCCAUCAACAGAUUCCUCAUGAAAAAACGUCUUCUGUAUCCAGCACUGGUUACUCUACUCAUUUCCACGCUAACAUUUCCGCCUGGCUUUGGACAAUUCAUGGCUGGCAAGCUUACCCAGAAGGAAUCACUGGUGACAUUGCUUGACAACCGCACUUGGGCUAAACAGGGCAUUGCUGAAGAGUUUGACUACAUUGGACACUCUCUGGCCUGGCAACAUCCGCAGGUCAACGUCUUUGUCACACUGGUGAUCUUCAUUGUCAUGAAGUUCUGGAUGUCUGCCCUGGCCACAACUAUUCCAGUACCCUGUGGGGCCUUCAUGCCAGUAUUUGUUAUCGGGGCGGCAUUUGGUCGUCUGGUGGGAGAAAGCAUGGCGGCCUGGUUCCCAGAUGGCAUCAACACAGAUGGUACCAUCUACCCCAUCGUACCAGGAGGUUAUGCUGUUGUUGGUGCAGCAGCGUUGUCAGGAGCGGUCACCCAUACAGUUUCCACUGCGGUGAUUGUGUUCGAGCUGACUGGGCAGAUCUCUCACAUCCUGCCUGUGAUGAUAGCCGUGAUCCUCGCCAACGCGGUGGCACAAUCCCUGCAGCCCUCCCUCUACGAUUCCAUCAUCCGAAUCAAGAAGCUGCCCUAUCUCCCAGAACUGGGAUGGGGACACCACGAGAAGUACAAUAUUCGGGUUGAGGACAUCAUGGUGAGGGAUGUGCGCUACAUCACACUCAAUUGCUGCUACAGAGACCUUCAUAACGUCCUGCUGACGGGUCACCUCAAAACUCUGGCGCUGGUGGAAUCAGCUGCAUCCAUGAUUCUCUUGGGCUCUAUUGAGCGUGCUCAGCUCCAGUCGCUGCUGUCCCUGCAGCUUGGACGCUCUCGCCGGCUGGAGUUCAUCAGAGAGCGGGCAACAGCAGAGAAGAAGCGCCUGUCUGUUGUCUCUAACUCUGAUGGCGAAGAUGACCACCGGAGAGCAAGUCAGGAGGUCCGCUUCCAGAUUUCGACUGAAGAGUCUUCAUUCAGUCCUACUCGUCCAGUUCCUCAGAAACCCUUGAAACCUGCUCUGAAGAGACCGUCCGUGGUGGAGCGGCCCAUUGAUAUCCCCAUCGGCUCACAGGAUCAUUCAAGCAACUCCAGUCUAAAGAACUUGUUUUGUGCCAGUCCAGAUGCGGAGCUCAUGGAGAAAAACAACAAUGUCGAGAGCCCCGUGUCUCCUGACAGCAGGAGGCAGUCAAAACGAGUCCGGAUAUCUGUUGUGGAGCCACCACCCAGCCUAAGGGGUUUCUUUGGGGACGACGACGAUGUGGAAGAUGAUAUGACCAUCCGAGAGAUUGCAGAGUGGGAAGAGAUGCAGCUUGAUGAGCAGGUCAACUUUAACAACUGCAAGAUUGAUCCUGCCCCCUUCCAGCUCGUGGAACGCACAUCACUGCAUAAGACGCACACCAUCUUCUCCCUUCUGGGCCUUGACCACGCCUAUGUCACCAGUAUUGGACGUCUUAUUGGGGUCGUUUCCCUUAAAGAGCUUCGCAAAGCAAUCGAGGGCUCUGUGACGGUGAAAGGCGUGAAGGUGCGCCCACCUCUGGCCAGCUUCCGGGACAGUGGCACCAGCAGCAGUGAAAACGAGGCCACUGAGCUCCACAAUCUGUGGGAUCGCGAAAAGAGAAUGUCACUGCCCGGCGAACACACACCACCGGAGUCUGACGAAAAGUCCCAGUGAUGCCCAAAAUAGCUAGAAGAAGCAUCAAAAGCGGACGCACUGAGGGUCCGUAAUCGCCAAAUUCCUCAGGGCUUCGGAUCAAUAUUUAAAAGUGGAAAGAGUUCUACUGCUCCGCCGGUCUCUUCUUCCCUCGUUGUCCUUCACUGUUGCCGUAAACUCCACUUGCAAGUUUGAUCUAGAAAACUUGCAAUCUCCAUUGCGGACCCUCCACACAAGAGCAGAACACUUCUAAGUCUUGCUCUGCACGUAGUGAAGUCUUUUUAAAAGGGAUGUUCUGAUGCAGACAUUGCGUAGUUCAUGUUGCUUGUAUUGUCCAGACAAUAGAGGGCUCCGUCCUUUUAGCAAUUACCCACAAUGCACUACCGGCGGCCAUAUUGGAAGGCUGUUAUAAACAAGCCAUACACAGUCUAUUCGUUUAUGGCAUGUUUAUAACAGCCCUCCAAUAUGCAAACGUAAAGACAGGUGUGAAUUUUCGUUUGAUUUGUCAUUACCUACUUCAGCUCUUUUAAUGAGCUUUGUUGUUCUUUUAUGUCGGCAGCUCUUUGCCAAUUGAUUCAACCCGUUAAAUAACGAGGAAUUAAACAUAUUUUUUCGUAGUUCGUUUCGUAGAAACACAAUUCCAUUGAAGUUUGUGUAGGUGUUGUGUGGAUGUGGUGUAAAACGUAAAUAAAAACAGAAUCCAAUGAUUUUCAAACUUUUUUUCUAAUGACUACACAACAAAGACAAGCUAUUCAAACAGAUGAAUGGUAUUUAAAAAAAAUCUCAAAUAUUUACUCAUUCUGAAUGUAAUGCCAGCGGCACAUUCCCCAAAAACUGGGACGACUGCAUGAUUCCCAAAACCCCUUUUAAUAACAGUCUUAAAGUGUUUGGGAACUGAGGACAGUAACUGUUGAAGCAUGAUCGGUGGAAUUAUUUCCCAUUCUUGUUUAACUCCUUCAGUGCCAGCCAUUUUCAGACUCUUUUUACCCGACCCCUUGAAAUAAAUAUACAGUUAAGUACCUCGGGUUGGAUUUGUGAAGUCUGUGAAGCCAAAAAAAAUGUCUUUGGGGGUGAAUUUAAUGAAUGCUCAACAGUUGCUCAACAGUCUCUGUUGUUGUAUUUUGUACUUAAUAUUCCGCCCCGCAUUUUCAAUGGGAGACCGGUCUGGACUGCUGGCAGGCCAGUCUAGUACAGUACCUGCAAUCAUUUACUCUGAAGCCAUGAUGUUGUAACAUACAGAAUGUGGCUUGGCAUUGUCUUGGUGAAAUGCCAAGACGAAUACACAGUCUAUUCGUUUAUGGCAUGUUUAUAACAGCCCUCCAAUAUGGCCGCCGGUAGUGCACUGUGGGUAAUUGCUAAAAGAACGGAGCCCUCUAUAGUCAACCAGUUUUCCGUUCGUUUUUUCACUGUGUACUGUAAGAAUGGUGAUAACUGAUACCGUAUGCGCUGUGCUUUUUAUUUUUAUUUUUGCAAUUGUCUCGUGUAUGUGGUUUUACUAGGCACAAUUUUUUUGUAAUGGCACUAUUUUUCGCACCAGAAAGGUGACUCUUUAGUGCUUUAGUGUUCACACCACUUCAAGAUUAUGCACAACGCAAGCAGUCGUGGCCAAUGGCCUGUAGCCACUUAAUGACGUACACUCCUCCUCUGUGAGUAACCACGGACACAAACAUGGCUGUGGCAAUGCUCUCAGUGUUUCUUGCUAAUCUAAAUAUAGCUCUUACCAAUCAUGGAAGGUUGAGAGGACGGUAAUGGAAGGAAGGAAGGAAGCAAGCGAGCAAGGGAGGGAGAGAACGAGUAGCAGCGAACAAAUGGAAGUUCUCAUUAUCCAACCAGCUGCUCUCGGCCUCCUCCCCAAUCCGUCUUUGAUCACCAUAUUAGCUGCCGUCCAUUACAUUACAUUACAUUAUCGGAAGCCCCGCAGCUAUACAAUACAAGAAUCUUGAGGCUCGCACAUUAGCCGAGGACACAAUAAGAGCAGGAUCAGAUCAAUGAAUGCAAUCAAGCUAGAAGCACGAAAUGAAAUCAAGAAGUAAUCACUUGAAGGGUGGCGAUUUCAUCUUUCAAUGCCACUAAAUUAUUGCUCUGGUUAUCAGCAGCAAAGUUGACAGGGUGAAAUUUGAGCCAGCAUUGUUUUUAAUGGCAGCCUGCUUUCAGAAUCAGCAAUGAGUCUGGCAUGACAGACAGUAAGUCAUGUGUGUUUAAUAUUUCAUGUGGGCUCUCUGGGAAGAAAACUGAUUUGUCUCGCUCUGCUGGGAAUACAUCAUUGGCAUUACAACAAAGUUUUGCGCUUGUUGUCUUCAUGGCGGCCACUGUACGAAAAAUACCGCCGCGGGAUCAGACGUAUGUUUUUGAUUGCCGCACUCCAACCGUCCAAUGAGCUUUUCUUUGAGAUGUUUUUAAAGGAGGUGAGGGAUUGUGCUCAUUCCACUUUGAUUCACGUCAGGACUGACAGGAAUAUAAAAUCAUCAUUUUUUUAAAUGGAUUCAAAUCUGGAUAAUUCUUUACUAUUCCACUAGAUUUUGAUGUACUGUCUGCAACACAAAAAUACCCGUUGUCGUCGAUGAAAUGGGGCCAAUGAGAUGGCAGCCCCACACACGAUCUUAUCAUAAUUCUUGAUGCUAAGAGAAGCUCAUAUUAAAGGGACCAGCACGGUGUGUGGGUGUGUGCAUGUGUGUCUUCUUCACACCAUAGCAAUUGGCUCUGGAUGUGGUCGGGGAGUUAUACACGUUACCGGUAUAUAGAUGAGGUACUUGACAGAUGGGGAGACUUGUCCAAGGCUUGCGCAAAUCGCCAUAGCAACCAAUGUCUCACCAGCUUACCACAGGGGACUUAACGGGAUCUACUCGCGGGCUUUCUUUUAUUUCUUCCUGUGUCAAUGCAUCAUAGAUAAAAUGCUUUGUCAUCCUUGCCCUCAUAAACAUUUCACAACUAUUAAUUUGGUCGGUGAACGCGCAGAAGAUGACGGUGCUCGAUGCGUAUUUAUUAGUCCGGUGUAAUCAAUGUCCUUCGGGGUUGUUUUGUGUUUUUGGUUCCUUUUCGUAUGGAUGAUCUCCAUGUAGAUAAUCAAAUUGUGCAAUAACAGUUGUUCAUCUCACCUAACCCAGUCUGAAUUGAUGACACGAAUGCAAAGAUAAGCUUAUUUUUAUAAAGAAAACUGUAAAAGUGCAGAAAAUGAAUGUAUAUUUGUAAGUGAGCCACACGAAUAGUCACACGAUGACGCACAUCGUGUGACUACUGGAGAGGGAGAAUUUCCUCCCAAUUCUGAAAUAGCAGCAGUAACACACACAAUAACUCAACUUUACCGCCCGUUGAAUUGUCAAGGAAAAGAUACAGAUUUUAAAUUUGAAACAUCCGUUCCAAGAAUUGUGUCCAUGUUGUUUCAGAACACUUUGUUUGCUUGGCAUUUGGGAAACCUUCCCCGAGAUCUCCUGGUUAUUCACGCUGCAUGUAUGCGAGUUGACACUCUCGCGCAAUGAUGCAGUUUUGUUUUUUUUAUCGUGCUGUAGUCGAGUUCUUUCUUAAAUCGGAUGGAGCUUGAUUGAAAACCGGUCAUCAGUUUUUGGAGUGCUAUAUUGAAUCCACUUUUUUAUAGGGCUCUUUGGCGGAACACACUGUCGGGGGCCAAACCAGAGAGAGCGGAACAAUGUCAAGAGAUAUUUUUCACAAUGAAAAAUGCAUAACUGUUUUGUAUAUCAGGGAUGAAUAAAUGAGAUUUUAACAU